AUGGUGUACUACUUUACAAGCAACGUCGUCAAGCCCUCGGCAUACAUCUACAUGGGCAAGGACAAAGUCGAAAACGAAGAUUUGAUAAAGUACGGCUGGGACGAAGAUUUUCACGUUGACAAUCUGUCCUCGGCGCAUGUCUACGUGCGUCUGCGCGACGGCGAGACCUGGGAUGCGAUUGAGAAGGACUUGUUGGUUGAUUGCGCACAGCUGACAAAGGCGAAUUCGAUUGAAGGCAAUAAGAAGGAUAACAUCACGGUGAUAUACACGCCGUGGUCGAACUUGAAGAAGGAUGGAAGUAUGGCCGUUGGGCAGGUCGGGUUUAAGGACCAGAAGAAGGUUAAGAAGAUCCAUGUCGCUGCGCGCGAGAACCCAAUCGUAAAUCGCCUUAACAAAACCCGCACCGAAUCCUAUCCCAACCUGCUGCAGGAAAAGGAAGAUCGUCUCAAGGAGCUGCGGCAGCGGGACCGAGUCAAUCAGCAGGCGCGAGCCAAGGAAGAGGCACGCAUUGCAAAGGAGCGGAAGGAGAAGAAGUGGGAGAAGGAGCAUGCGUACGAUGAUAUGUUUAGUGAGGAUGCACUAGCGGCGCAGAGUAACCAGGAUCGGGAUCCGAACUGGGAGGAUGAUUUUAUGUAG